CGGGAUGGGCGUGCAGGGCUUCCAGGACUAUCUGGAGAAACGGUGUCCCGGGGCUGCCAUCCCCGUGGACCUCCUCAAACUAGGCCGUACUGCGGGACGCCAGCACCACCACCCCGGCCCUCUUCCACCUCCGGCCCGGAUACUCAUCGAUGCUGACUCCGGUCUGCAGCGUCUGUACGGCGGCUACCAGACGGACUGGGUGUGCGGCGGGGAGUGGAACGCCAUGCUGGGAUACCUGUCCGCUCUGUCCCAGGCCUGUCUGUACCAGGGCGGGCUGGAGCUGGUCGUGGUGUUCAACGGGACCCUGGGGAAGGAGCGGUGGCCGGAGUGGGCACGCCGGGCCCAGGGACAACGCCAGACGGCCCAGCUCAUCGUUAACCACGUCGGCAGUAAGGCCACUCCGCCUCCCCGCGCCUGGUUCCUGCCCCCUGCCUGCCUCAGUCACUGUGUCCGCCUCGCCAUGUUCCGCUUCAGAGUGCGGGUUGUCCAGACGUUGGAGGACCACCACCAGGAGGUGCUGUCCCUCUACAGGGACUUUGGUUUCUGCGGCCUGAUCGCCCAGGACUCAGAGUUUGCUCUCUGCAACGUGCCUGCCUACUUCUCCUCGCAUGCCCUCAAACUGUCCUGGAACGGCAAGAACCUGACCACCCACCAGUACCUGCUCUCUGAAGCAGCCAGACAGCUGGGUCUGAAGACACAACAACUGCCCUACUUCGCUGCUCUGCUGGGGAACCAUAUUCUCCCUGAUGAGGACCUGGCUGCCUUCCAUUGGAGCCUUUUAGGACCAGAACACCCCCUGGCCUCACUCAAGGUGCGUGCCCACCAGUUGGUGCUGCCUCCCUGUGAGGUGGUUAUCAAGGCGGUGUCUGAGUACGUCUCCUCCAUUAAAGACCUGGGGAACCUCGACGCUGUUGCCAGGGACGUCUUCAACCAAUCCCAGUCUCGUAUGGAGGAUAAGGUGGAGCGUUUUAAGAAGGCUGUGGAGUAUUUCUCAUCUGCCUCUAAACCACGCCCACUCUCCAUGGGACCCUCCCCCCACCUUUGGUUUGGUCCGGCUCCUUUUGGCAGUCCUCCUGGCAACAUGGGGGCAAUGCAGCCUGGAAAGCACCAGGGGGUAAAACCACCCUAUCGGAAUGCUCUGUGUGGACCAGGCCACGCCUCUCUGUUCCAGAACCUGCCCCCCCUGCCGGACUGCAACGAUUCGCUGUCUGGGACAAUGGUCUACAUGGAUUGGUCGGCUCCAUAUGACCAGGGAGGAAGUAGAUUAACGAAUCACCACACGUCCGCUCCCUCUGGCCCCUCCCACUCGCCAUCAUCUUCCUCCGAUGGAGACGAACCAAACGACAGCAGCCACCAUCUGACAGACAAGUCCUCCGCGUGGGACGAUCCGGCCAGUCAGGGGAGUGGAGGGGAUGGUUCCCACGGUAAUGGGAGCGGGUCCAACAUUCCAUCGCUGUUGUCAAUGGCGACGCGGAGUCACAUGGACAUAACCACGCCCCCUCUGCCUCAAAUCAGCGCUGAGGUGUUGAGAGUAGCAGAACACAGACAUCGCAGAGGACUAAUGUAUCCAGAGAUAUACCACAUACUGACCAAGGGAGAGAUGAAGAUGGCGGUGUGUAUAGAAGAUGAUUGUAACAGUGAAAUGCCUCCAGCCUCUCUGCUGUUCAGAGCAGCCAGACAGUACAGCUAUGGGGUCCUCUUCAGCCUAGCCGAAACACACCGACACCUCGAGAGACUCGCCAUGAGCAACAGAGGACCCCUCGAAGUUCCUCCCGUGAUAGUGAAGGAGUGGUCCAGUGGGAAGUCGAAGUCAGCCCUGACCCCGGAGCUGGUUCCAGCGCUGUGCUUCAGAGAGUGGACCUGUCCUAACCUUCGGAGGCUGUGGCUUGGUAGAGCCAGUGAAGAUCGCUCCCGGAGGACCAGAGCUUUCCUAGCCUGUCUGCGCUCUGACUGUCCUGCCUUACUCAACGCUGCUCAGGUCCCACAACACCUUCUGCUCAUGUGCUGCGUGCUCAGGUAUAUGAUGCAGUGGCCAGGUGGUGGUAUUCUACAGAGACAUGAGUUAGAUGCCUUCCUGGCCCAGGCAGUCUCUAACCAGCUCUACGAACCAGACCAGCUACAGGAACUGAAGGUUGAGAAGGUAGACAGUCGGGGGGUCCAGCUGGCGUCUCUCUUCAUGGCGGGCGUGGACACUGCUCUGUUGGUCAAUGACGUGUGUGGUCAGCCGUUACCAUGGGAACACUGCUGCCCCUGGGGCUUCUUCGACGGGAAACUCUUCCAGACCAAACUGGCCCGUGCCAGCCGAGACCGACUGGCCCUGUUCGACAUGUGUGAAGGACAGGAGGAGCUGGUGUCUCGUGUGGAGAAGAUGCGUCAGGCCAUUCUAGAUGGCAUCAACUUUACUCGUCCUCCCCCUCUCCCCCUCUUUCCUUCCUCCACCCUCCCCCUUCUACCCCCUAUCCCCCCCUCUACCCCCCAGCCCAUGGGUAACAUGCCCCCCACUACCACCCUCAUCAUCCUCACCACCACCCAAAUGAUCCUCACCACCACCCUCAUCAUCCUCACCACCACCCAGCCCAGCAUCGACCCAGAGGCUUCCCAGGUCUGCGGUCGAUCCCCCCUCAGGGAGGAAAGUUGGAGAUAGCCGGCAUGGUGGUGGGCCAGUGGGCCGGGAACAAACCACUGCGUGGCAGAGGGGGGCUCAACAUGCAGGUGGUGUCGGUCGGAGCAGGGAGAGGAAGGGGUAAGGACAUCCCAGCGAAAGCAGGACGAGGAGUUAAAAAGACACAUUCCCCCUCCUCCACCAGCCCCACCAAGCCUGAGGAGGAGGAGGAGCCUAACUCGGGGGCCGUGACCCAGCAGCUGAAUGGCAGCCCUGCAGCCUCCGGUAUUGGCCAGCCUCUGGAUCUGCCCCCACUGGCCCAUCCAAUCCCGUGUGCCUUAGCAAGCAGAGACAACCAAACAGAGGAGGCCCCCUGUUGCCUUGACGACUGUCCUUCAGACGGAACACUAACGAAGGAGGCGUGAUGAGGCUUUCCCAGAAUGCACCAGGGUGUUCUGAAAAAGCUGUCUGUGUUUCACUGCCCCUUGAUUUUGUCAUGUAGUUUUAUUUUAUCUUAACGAUCAGAGGUUUUUCUCCAUGAGUCCAUAUGUAUGUAAGCCCCUGCCUACCUAAAGCACCGCCCCCAUGGCCCGUCGCUAUAGUAACCCCAGCCCACUGUCUCAUGAUGUUCUGAUGGUCCCUCCCUACUGUUAAUAUUCCUACCGGGAUCCUUGCGGUUAGACUUGAACUACGGUGUUUAGUCGUAGUGUGUUUAGAUACACUAACGUCGACACUACCACACACUGUUGGCUAGGUGCCUGGGUUUGGUUGCCGGGUGUGUCGGUUGUUGCCAUAGGGACCUCAUGGUGAGCUCAGAGUUCCAGGAGUGUUGGACUCUAGAAGUGUCAGAGGAGGAAUAGCGAAAGAGGAGGAUGACGAACGAAUGAGUGCAGUGUUUGUGUGCUAAAUAAGCCCGGUUUACCACCAAUAAUGAUUUAUUCGUGUUAGCCGCGCCACUAACCACCCAGAGCGCGUGUUUGCAUUGCUCUAACCCUUCAGUAGCAUUUGCACCGCCGCACCGCUAAUUCAUUAGCAUGCUAACGUAGCCCACACCUUGGAUAACAUGAGCACUUGCCCUAAUAUGUUAUCAUGCUAAGUUAGCCUAGCCCAGCUGUAUUUAGACCCCCUGACCACAGAUGUAAUGUAUGUACGCACCUUAACCUGACGCUCCAACGUAUGGAAGUUCUUACCCCUAUAUUAGAUUAUAUCCCCUAUGCUCUGAUUGUAUAUCCCAACAGAGAGCACUUACUAAUGUUGGAUUUAUUGAUUAUUAUUGACCAGACCCCUAGACAGUUUGUCUGAGAGAGUUCCCUUCAGACCUAAGAAAUCACUUUGAUCAUUGACCUCAAGGUCUAUUUUAAAAUGGCCUUUGUGUUGUGCAAACGAGACCUGUUUGAAUGUGAUCAGAGUAGGGCUGCACAAUUCAUCCAAACCGCAAUAUUGACAUGUGCAAUAUCCAUAUCGCAAUAUUUUGCAACCCCACUCAGCCGUGUGUACGGUCCGUUAUUAUAGUUGACUCUGUCGUCCCUCUCCUCUUGCGGCUGCUUCCUACAACUCAAGCAUGACUGUUCCUCUUCUGUUAGAUUCACUAGAAGCUUCCAUGCUGUUCUGUUAGGUCAAAUGCAGUCAACACAUUGUUCCAAACAAGAAUGAUGCUGCUUUCCACUUAGCUUCUUAAUAUAAAUCAUUAUAUUUCUCUGAUUCCAACUGUGUUUUGAUCGAUCACAGGUCAAAUUGUAACAUGUGUUCAAAGUAAAUAAAAUGCUCCAAUAUGGUGCAGCCCUAGAACGGCGUGGUCUUCAGAAGAAGCACAUUUAGUUUUAAAAGGAAUCCUCUAGCAGGUCAAAACAUUCACGCGAUCAGAGAUAGAGGACAUCUUUGUAUCUGUACCGUUACUGCAUCUAUGACAGUAUGGGCAGCUCUAUUGAGCCUAGCUUCAUUUUAAAGUAGUCUAUUUUCUUCACAGUUAGCUAAUCCCUCCCAGUUUGACAUGACUUCAACAGGGUCACCAGGAGGGAUCAGCCAAUGAAGUUGGGAGGCCCACACAGUCGACUACAUUAAAAUGGUGGAAGCGCUCAAUGGCGCUGCCCAGGCUAAUACGGCCUGUUGGCCAGUAGAGGCCUCUCUCAUUCUCUAUGGGCCAAGUAUGGUGCCACGUCAGAGGACGGGAGGGUCAGGGCUUAAAGGUCAGAGUGCUGACGCUACCAAGCUCCUCUUCUGACUGGCACCUUGUCUAAAUGAACCCAAGGCUGCAUCUGAAAUGGCAUUCCCUGCGUAGUGCAUCAGAAGCAGUGCAUUAUGGGGGUAGGUUGCCUUUAGAGACAAGACCUGAUGAAGUCCCAAAGCAUAGACCCACACUAGCCUUGUCAGCUGGCUGGCCAAUCAGGACAGGCCUGGUAGCACCGCCUGGUGAUUGGUUAGCAGUUUCCACUGCGAUAGCCCAGCAUUCUAAGCUCUUUAUCUAACAGGAAGCACUUCCCCCAAACCACUUAGCCAAUCAGCAGGGGAUUAAGGUGAGAACACUUGCAUGUUCCGCCCACAAUCUAAAGAUCCUAAAUAGUUUUAAUGUUAAACUCUUUAUGUUGUCAUCAUUAUAGUAGAGGAUAAAGUAUAAUUUUAAUAGGUCUGCUCUGAGACCAAUCAGAGUAUUGACUUGUUUUAAUGUUAGUAGAAGACUACAGAGAGAUAGCAGAGAGGAAUCAAUUUUAAUGUUAUUAGAAGACUACAGAGAGAUAGCAGAGAGGAAUCAAUUUUAAUGUUAGUAGAAGACUGCAGAGAGGAAUCCAUUUUAAUGUUAGUAGGAGACUACAGAGAGAUAGCAGAGAGGAAUCAGUUUUAAUGUUAGUAGGAGACUACAGAGAGAUAGCAGAGAGGAAUCAGUUUUAAUGUUAGUAGGAGACUACAGAGAGAUAGCAGAGAGGAAUCAGUUUUAAUGUUAGUAGGAGACUACAGAGAGAUAGCAGGGACUAACCUCUACAGGACUGUCAGACAAUAGUAACUAUGUUGGACCUAGUUCUACAGGGCUGUCAGACAAUAGUAACCGUGUUGGACCUAGUUCUACAGGACUGUCAGACAAUAGUAACCGUGUUGGACCUAGUUCUACAGGACUGUCA